AUGUUUGAUCCUGUCUUCUCUGAUACUCCCCUUCUUCCAGUGCCCCCCUCUUAUCUCCUGAUAAGACAUAUCGUGUAGAGACACUGCACAUGCUCAGUUUGAUGUGUAUUGCUAGAGAGAGUGCAUGUGAUCAGCACAAGGCCAAUCAGCACUGCCAAGACAGAGUUCAAGGGUUCUGCAUCCUCACAGAGAAAACUCCUACUACAAGCAUUAACCAGUGCUCUGCUGAACACUGAUAAAAGUCAGAUGACUGCUCUAACUGCUGAUGAGAAAAGGGAUUUAGCUGUUUAUAUUUACUAA